UCUUUGUGUUAUUAAGCAUUGUUUUCAUGUGCAGGAUAAGGAACAAUUUAACACAGUUGUAUGCUAAAGACAUAACACCAGAUGAUAAGCAAGAGCUUGAUGAGGCUUUACAAAGAGAGAUUCAAGCUGCAUUUCGCACUGAUGAAAUUCGAAGGACUCCUCCUACACCACAAGAUGAAAUGAGAGCAGGAAUGAGCUACUUUCAUGAGACAAUUUGGAAAGGAGUCCCAAAGUUUUUGCGUCGGGUUGACACAACUCUGAAGAACAUUGGAGUAAACGAACGUGUGCCAUAUAACGCUCCUGAUAUCCAAUUCUCUUCUUGGAUCAUACUAGUGUGAUUCAGUAUUCAUCAUGGUUCCUAUCUAACUUUCAGUUUACUUUUAUUAAUGAAAUGUGUUCAAUUUGCAUUCAA